UCAUCAUCCAUCACCUCCUCUCUCUGUCUCUCCUCUCCGUUGUCUUUUUUAAUGUUAACUUCUGACUGAUCGGGAGAACAGGGAGCGUCUGGAGAGCCUGGUGCGGCGCCUCUAUCUCUGCUGAAGGAUCUGCUUGCGCGGUGUUGUGUUUAAAGCUGGACACACAGGACAGAGAGGAUCAGAUUGUGUAUUUUUUGGGGGACAACGUUGCUUUGCUCCGUGGAUUUGCCUCAGUGUUGUCUGUCUUUAUGUUUCCCUCUGUGGAUGUUAUAGUGCAUUAUCUCGGUCUGAAUGAAGCUUUCUUUUUGGAUUUGCACCGCGCCGAAGCUGUUUCUGGGUGACUGCCCUUUCUUUACUUGACAAGUCGCGCGUUAUAAUUAUAUUGCCGUUAUCUUAUGAGCUCUUUUCACAUUUUAAAGCGUAACUUGUCUGUAAUUUGUCAAACAAUGCCGCGCUUUUCUUGAACGUGUGUUCGUAAUUCAUGAGGACAAAUAGUGUGCGUUAAUUAUCGCGUAAAAAGAGGAAAGUUGGGCGCUCAAAGUUUUGGAGACUAUCGAUAUGGCUAUGGUGGCGUGGAGAAACACCGAGGGCGUCGGGGACACACAGGGGACCCUCUCCUCCUCUGUGUCCCAGGUCGCAUCUCUGUCUCUGCCCGGGGAGCUGACGGGACACAUGAACCCAGCGUCCUCUCUGGAAAUACCCCCGGCAGCAGCAGCAGCACCCCAGGGCGCACCGCCGCCCAAUCCAUCCAGCACCACCACCACCGCCGCCACAAAUAACAACACCUCCUCUUCCUCUUCUUCCUCCUCGUCCAUGGACAAGCAGCAGAGCCAGCAGAUCGAGUGCAUCGUGUGCGGGGAUAAAUCCAGCGGGAAGCACUACGGACAGUUCACAUGUGAGGGAUGUAAGAGCUUCUUUAAACGCAGCGUCAGGAGGAACCUGUCCUACACCUGCAGGGCCAACAGGAACUGUCCCGUAGACCAGCACCACCGCAACCAGUGCCAGUACUGUCGCCUCAAGAAAUGCCUCAAAGUCGGCAUGAGGAGGGAAGGUACGGGCUGGCGUCCUCCUGUUGUUGCUCUCGCUGUCCAGAGAGGCAGACUUCCCACACAGUCUUAUCACGGUCAGUUUGCUCUGACCAACGGAGACCCUCUGCAGUGUCACUCCUACCUAUCGGGAUACAUCUCCCUCCUGCUGCGGGCCGAGCCCUACCCUACCUCCAGGUUUGGCUCCCAGUGCCUGCAGAGCAACAACAUCAUGGGCAUCGAGAACAUCUGCGAGCUGGCGGCCCGGAUGCUGUUCAGCGCUGUGGAGUGGGCCCGCAACAUCCCUUUCUUCCCGGACCUGCAGGUGACGGACCAGGUGGCCCUGUUGCGCCUCACCUGGAGCGAACUGUUCGUCUUGAACGCCGCACAGUGCUCCAUGCCAGUCCACGUCGCCCCGCUGCUGGCCGCCGCCGGCCUGCACGCCUCCCCGAUGUCCGCGGACCGGGUGGUGGCCUUCAUGGACCACAUCCGGGUCUUCCAGGAGCAGGUGGAGAAGCUCAAAGUGCUGCACGUGGAUUCAGCAGAAUACAGCUGCAUCAAGGCCAUCGUGCUGUUCACCACAGAUGCUUGUGGUCUGUCGGACGUGGCCCAUGUGGAGGGUCUGCAGGAGAAAUCCCAGUGUGCUUUAGAGGAGUAUGUGAGGAGCCAGUAUCCCAACCAGCCUAACAGGUUUGGGAAGCUGCUGCUCCGCUUGCCUUCCCUCCGCACCGUCUCUUCUUCUGUCAUAGAGCAGCUUUUCUUCGUCCGUCUGGUGGGGAAAACGCCCAUAGAAACUCUGAUAAGGGACAUGCUGCUGUCUGGAAGCAGCUUCAACUGGCCUUACAUGCCUAUUCAGUAGGGGAGAAAGCUACAGUGGUGCUUCUAAGGUCAGGAAGGGUCCCACAGAUCAAAUCGAGUCAUUUCAGUCAACGUCAGAUGUCUGUUGCUUCGAACAAGGGAAAAACUGCCAGUGGAGUGAUAAUUACAAAAUAUCCUAAUUCAUGAUUUUCUUACACCAACUGCCAUUUUUUUGAUCCCAGAGGAAUGAGCUGCCUUAUGCUGCGUUGUGUCCCUGUGUGACGAGAACAGUCCCUGAACUAAAUGAACCAUUUUGCCGUUAAACAAUGUGACCCCACUGGCUGGAUUUUUUUACUUGUUUGAAGACAAACAGUAUUUCCUGAGUUAAAAUGACUGGUUGGACAUUUUUUUGCAGUGUGGCGACCGCUCACAGUCUAUGGUUUUUGGGAUAACAAACAAUAUUUAUUGGACCCUGUGUGUAUAUUUAUCGUGCUUGUAAAUUAUGUUUUUGGCUCCUUUUUUAAAUGUUUUACGUAUUUUUGCCCCAGCAAGUGAGAAAACUGCAGGGAUUGUCUUGUGUUUAUCUGUUUCUUUUUUUGUUUGUUUGUUUGUUUGUUUCAUACCUUCCAGACAUGGCACUUUGGUCUAAAGGAACAUUUCAGAAAGAUUUGAUGCAGGUGUUUGAAACCCAACAUCAUCUGACUUUAAUCUGUUUUCUAAAUUCAGACCGAACAGUGAGAUUAAUGUUUUAGUUACUUUGGAGUCUUAUUCUAUUUACAUUAUCAACAAUACAAAGAUAAAAAGACAGAGAUCAAAAAAUAUUUGGAAAAUGCACUUCUCAUGAUCAGUGUUAGGUUGCGCCCAGUAAUGCAUUACUCCUUAGUUAAUAUCAUUACUUUCUUACAUUAGUAUUUCCUUAAAUAUUUUAGUUCCUGGCAGAUGUAAUUAUUUCCUCUUGCCAUAAUGCUUAAUUUCUUCUCUUUUUGCCUUCUAAAAACAAUAUUUAAACACUGCUUUUCCUCUUUAAUUCAUCAGAUACUCGAGAUCAUGUUUAUUUCUCAUCAAAUUAGUGAAUUUUGCCACUCAGAGAAAUUUUUCUGUUAUUUCUAAUCCACACUGAGAUGAUGAUGACAAGGCCAGUUAUGGCAAAAUAAAUAAAGGGAAGGAAGCUGAAUGUUAGCUAGCUGUGCGUUAAUCUGAUAUUUUCAUAAUUAGAGGGUUUAAGUCAAAAUUGUAUUCUUUUGACAUGUAACUUGUUACAGGGAAAAGUAAUGACAUUACUUUGCUGGAUUAACGAUUAAUGCAUUACCGAACACUCCUGAUUCAUUUAUGUUUCCAGGUCUUUUACACUGAUUGUCUCCGAGAGAUUUAAAGAGCACUGGGCCUGAUGUAUAACUACAGUCUGUUAAUGGGAGAAAUGAACUGUACACUACUUCCCAGCUCAAAGUAACAAAUCUAUUUCAUUAUAAUUCAUGCAUUUAUGAGCCCAGGCCGCUUAAUGGCACAAUAGACCACUGCAGGGUAUUGCUGAACUGAAAGUGUGCGUGUAUGUGCGAGUGCAUGUGUCUAUGCGUGUGUGUGUGUGAGUGUGUGUAUUUGUGUUUACUUCUUUUUGACAACCACUCUGAUGUACUGUGAAAGCAUAUUGGUUAACAUAUUGGUACCGUAUUAAAUUAUAACUCAAGAUUUAUAAAU